AUGGACAUACCAUUCCUGCGCGGACGUCACAAGAAGGGACAGAUCCGACAAGUCAUAAAGGAGGCCAGGGCCGAAGAAAAGGCUAAGCGCGGGGCCGGGACUGAUCCCCAAGAAGCCCAAGUAUUCUGCUCGCGCUGCCAACCUCACCCCAAAGGUCAAGGGGAGCGUAUGAAGCACCCAAAGUUCCGAAAAUCAGGCGAGGAGACUGUAGCCGACAUGAUAUGGCGGUAUUUCCGCCGUAAGGAUAAAUAG